UAGGAGGUUUUUCUCUAUGCGGUGUCCACAUGUACCGUGUUCGCGUGUUGUUUAGUGCUAGUAGAGACAUAUAAAACAGGAGGAACUGUGAAAUGAAAAGUGGAUAAGUCUUAUAGCUCGUUAAAGACUCUGUCAGAAGAUGCUGCCUGAUUCUGAGGUUGCAGAGCUGCUCUCCUUCCUGAGCCGCGAUACUCGACCUGAUGUCAAAGGUCACACCACAGAGUACAUCCUGGGACUGUCUGGAAACAGGGAUGGCUGCCGCUUCCUCCGCUCUAAGCCUGACUUAUUGGUCGCCCUGUUUGCUCUGACCUCUGACCCCUCCAUUGCUAUCGUGAAGGACUGUUACCACAUCCUCAUCAACCUGUCAGCUGACGAGACUCUGCACCAGGUUUUGGUGUCAGAUGUCAAAGUUCUUCCAGUGUUGAUGAAGAGGCUCCUGGAUCCAGAGUACUGGUUCUCUGAUAAGAUCUGCACCAUCCUAUCUAACCUGACCCGCCAUACCAAGACCUGCAAGACCGUGUUGAAGGUCCUUGAGGAGGAGGCGGGUCUGGCUAAGCUGGUGGACAUCUUCUGCACCGAAGACUUCAACAAGAAAGCGAAGUUCCACUAUCUGAGUCCUCUGCUGUCCAACCUGACGCAGCUGCCCGAGGCCAGAAACUACAUCCUGGACAAAGACAGGUGUGUAAUCCAGAGGUUGUUUCCCUUCACUCAGUACCAGGCGUCAGCGGUGAGGAGAGCAGGAGUCAUAGGGACGCUACGCAACUGUUGCUUUGACCACGCCCAUCAUGACUGGUUGCUCAGCGACGCCGUGGACAUCCUGCCCUUCCUCCUGCUGCCGCUGGCCGGUCCAGAGGAGCUGACGGAGGAGGAGAACGAAGGUCUCCCUGUGGACCUGCAGUACCUCCCCGAAGACAAGAAGAGAGAAGAAGACCCCGACAUCAGGAAGAUGCUGCUGGAAACACUUUUACUGCUGACGGCGACCAAAGCCGGCCGGGACAACCUGAAGGAGAAGAGCGUUUAUCCGAUCAUGAGAGAGUUUCACAACUGGGAGAAGGACGUCCACGUCACAGCAGCCUGUGAGAAACUGGUCCAGGUGCUGAUCGGAGACGAGCCGGAGCAGGGGAUGGAGAACCUGAUGGAGGUGGAGAUUCCCGAGGACGUAGAGGGGAAACUAAAGGAGGCAGACGUCAAAGAACAGGAGGAGCUGGAGAAGAUGAGACAGGAGGAGGAGGAGGAGGAGAGGAAGAAGAAGAGACAGGAGGAGGAGGAGGAGAGGAAGAAGAAGAAGAGUGAAGCAGAGGAGACAGACAAAGGACAGGAGAGUGGACUGAUACGGUAAAGCCUGUUUUUAGACCCGGCUUCAUCUGACAGUCAAAUGUUCAUUAUUCAGACAUGACGGGACGUUUUCACAAAGAGACACGAGGCUCUGUGACGUUUGUCAGCUGGUCCACAGAGGAAGUGACAUCACCGCUGAGGUUGAAAAGUAAAAGUAAGUUAUGAAGUGAGAAGAAGAGGAGUGUUUUCUGUCUCUCACAGGCUGAAUCAUUCUGUUGAAGUCUGAAUACUGUUGUGAGCGUGAGGGAUAAUCACCCUUCUUCAUCAUCAGUCUCAUCAUCUUCAUCUACUGAAGUUAAACUGCCAUUCAAGGAUUUAGUUGUUGUUGUUUUCCUCCUGUGUCCAAAACCACAAGGGACAAAAUAAUGUUACAGAUGGAUCUGACAUCAUAAGGAAUCUCAACAACAUGUUUCCUGAUUUUAUUAUUAUUUUAAUUAAAUAUUAUGAAUGAUAAAUGUAUAAAAAACAACCGACUGCAUGAUUUUAAUGUCAAAGUGCCGUAUUCAGAUAUGAGACAACAUGUUAAAUGGACGUUACUACAUAAUGAGGUGCCUUCUGACCUGCUGAAGCAGAUCUCACUCUCUGGUUCACUCCUUAUCACUCUUAAUUUACAUUUUAAGUAGGUUAAAGGUCUGAUUCCACUCUGUCUGACAGUUUCACAUACUGUAUAUUAUGUGUAUCAUGUUGUUCCAGCUCUUCAUCAAAGUAAAACCUGGGUGAUGAACUUUCCCUCAAAUAGAAAUAUUCUAAACGUCUGCUGCAUCUUUUCAAACUCAUCUUUGGGAACUUUGCGAUCUCCACUAGAAUUUUAAAUAAAGUUCUGUGAGUUUAUUUGAAUAAACAGCAUGAGAUUUUAA